AAUCGAGUUCUUUUUCUUCUUGGGAAUGUUGGUGUAUCAACUGUAUUAACAUUUGUUGUAUCUACAACUUUCUCUAUAUAAUAUUCAGUAGAAUUUUCUGUAUCUACAACAGUUUUGAGAUUUUCAAUUGUCAUAGUUUCAUCAUCUUCAAUCCAAACAGGUGCCUCAUCCUCAUCCUCUGCGAUAUUUUUCAUCUAAGUAGUUUUCUCAUCCUCAGUUGCAUUUUCUAUCCAAGUUGUUUUCAUAUCUAUAGCCCUCUUGACACUCUCAUACCUAUAAGCAAUUAAGUCUCUUUCAAUCUCAGUUUCCUUAUCCACAGUCUCCUCAACCAACUUGUAUACAACUCGUACAACAACAUUAACAUUUGGUUCCUUGUCAAAAUUAUUUUCCCUAACCAGCUAUUGCUGGUUUUCAACAAAGGUCGUAGCUACUAAAAGAUAAUUCAAAAUUUAAGAUAGGUUAUUACCCCUACAGAUUUUAGUGGAAAAUUCAAGUACCAAACAUAUACAAGAAUUAAAUGAAAAAAAUUAAUUAAAUGAAUCUUGAUGGUAGAAUUUUGGCUAGGACACCAUUCUUUGAAGCUUUUGAAAAUUUAUAUAUUAGGUUAAAGGGUUUCAGGUUACAGAUGUUGAGAGAUAUAGCAAUUGGUGGGUGUGAAUUGUUGUAUAGAAUAAGAGCGGUUAUUAUGUACAUAUUAAAAAAUACAAUAACAUUCAAUCAUACUUAUUGUUAUGUAAAUAGUUGUUAUGUGUCGUUAUUGACAAACCUCCAUGAAUUAGAUGAGUAUGCAUGGGUGGAGUUAUUGUUUGCAAAUAUUUAUACGAGUCUCGUCUUAUAUCAGUGGAAACAGACAAAGGCAUGUAACAGUUGUUCUUAUCCCUUAAUGGUAAAAGAAUGUUUUUUAUUAAAGUUGUUAUAAGAAUAAAUAUCAUUACAUUUUUAUAUAUAAACAUAUUUUGAAGUCACUCUCUCCUAGACCUAUCCACGAGUCAAGUAGGAGUAGGCUGACCUGUGUCUAAUUUAGUGUGGUCCACCCUAAAACCAUGACUGGUAGCAUGACCUAUGGUCUUAGCCUUUGGGUUGUGCCUUUGUAGGCCUUUUUGCAAACGAGCAUGUGUUGCCCAAUUAGUUUUUACUAGUUGGAAGCCUAAAGGGUUGGAGUGGCAAAUAGGGCUACUUUACAUGUUAAGCAUGAUAAAAGACCAUACUAUCCUUGUAUCCCUAAAUACACGUGUCCAAAUUGGUGGCUAGAGGCUGAGGGGUAGGUGUACAAAACUAUGAGAUUGGAAAUAAAUUGAAAAAAAAAUGAAAAGUAUUGUAAUAUUCUUAAUUCAGUAAAAGAGUUAUAAGACCAAAUAUUGAAAUCCAAUGUGAUGAGUCUUACAACAAAGUUUGUACUGGAAAUUUGACGGAAGUGGGGUAUUUUAUCAAAUUUCAAAAUAUUGUGGGUAAUUUAAACUUAAUGUUUAAGCUACGGUUUCUGAAACUUUAGAGGUGGUAUACUGUUUUAAAAGUACAAACACAUAAUUUGUAAUAGACGAUUUUUAAAUCCAGAUCCACGAACAAUGAAUCUCCAUUGUUGGUGUCGACUCCACAUCCACCAGAAUCCAUUCUUUCCCAAUGCCCUGCUGUCGAAUUCCUCAAUGAUGGGGGAGCUGGCCAUUGAUAAACAUGUAAAAUACAUUAUAUCAGUUGAAAAGAAAAAGGAUAGUUUUGAAUCCGUGGUGAUGGAGCAUCUGAGAUUGAAUGGAGCAUAUUGGGGAUUGACAACUCUGGAUCUUUUAGGAAAGCUUGACGCUGUAGAUAAAGAAGAAGUUAUUUCAUGGAUGAUGAAGUGUCAACAUGAGUCUGGUGGCUUUGCUGGUAAUAUUGGACAUGAUCCACAUAUACUUUAUACCCUCAGUGCUGUGCAAGUUUUGGCUCUCUUUGAUAAGCUAGAUGUUCUUGAUGUUGAUAAGGUGUCAAAUUAUGUUGCUGGGCUGCAAAACGAAGAUGGAUCCUUUUCAGGGGACAUGUGGGGUGAAGUGGAUACACGGUUCUCUUAUAUUGCCAUUUGCUGUCUCUCAAUACUAAAGCGGUUGGAUAAAAUCAAUGUGGAUAAGGCUGUGAACUACAUAGUGAGUUGCAAAAAUCCAGAUGGUGGAUUUGGAUGCACUCCCGGUGGGGAAUCUCAUACUGGGCAAAUCUUUUGUUGCGUGGGUGCUCUUGCUCUUGUUGGGGCUCUGCAUCAUGUGGACAAGGACCUUCUUGGGUGGUGGUUAUGUGAACGACAAUUCAAAUCUGGUGGUCUAAAUGGGCGCCCUGAGAAACUUCCAGAUGUUUGCUACUCAUGGUGGGUACUUUCUAGCUCAAUCAUGAUCAACAGAGCCCAUUGGAUCAACAAGGAGAAGCUUGUUAAGUACAUCUUAGAUUGUCAGGACACCGAAAAUGGAGGUAUUUCUGAUAGACCUGAUGAUGCCGUUGAUGUCUUCCACACGUAUUUUGGAGUGGCAGGACUUUCACUUCUUGAAUAUCCUGGAGUAAAAGCAAUUGAUCCGGCUUAUGCUUUGCCUGUUGAUGUUGUAAAUAGGAUUUUCUUAGCGAAUUAACAGGUUUGUUUGGUUUUAGGAAAUGCAAUGUUGCUGGGGGUUGAGAUCGGGGCAAUUUUAUCCCCUUGACGGUAGUGUUAUCCGAUGUUUUUGGCUACUAACAAUUCAGUACUUAAUUAUUGGAAGUUUUAAAAAGUAUAGUUAGACUGUCACCAUAUGAAAGAUUGGACUAUUGUGAGAAAGAAAAGCAGUAAUCAAAAGCCAUACCUAUAUAUAUAGAUUGUUA